AUGAAAGCUGUAGUACCUGAAAUUGCAUGGCAUAACAAAAGUCCAGUUUUUUCGAUAGAUAUUCAAUCAACCUACAAUAAAGGAUUUUAUCGUGCUGCAACAGGUGGAGGUGACUCUCAUAUUGUGGUUUGGCAUUUGGUUAUAAAUGAAGAAACUAAUGAAAUAGCUGCCAAUUUUGUUGCUGAUUUAGAAAGGCAUAUCAAAGCUGUCAAUGUUGUCAGAUUUUCACCUAAUGGAGAAUAUUUAGCUUCAGGAGAUGAUGAUGCUGUAAUAAUAAUAUGGGCUAUUAAGGAAGCUAAUUCAAGCAGUAACAAUUUCAACAAUGAUAACAUCAAUAAAGAAAAUUGGAUGUCUAUAAAAACACUUAGAGGACAUAAGGAUGACAUAUACGAUAUUUGUUGGUCACCUUCGUCGAAUGAAUUAUUAAGCGGCUCUGUAGAUAAUACGGCUAUAAUUUGGAAUGUUGAAAAUAGUAAAAGCAUAGGAGUUUUAGGAGAACACAAUGGAUUUGUUCAAGGUGUAGCUUGGGAUCCGAAUAACAAAUGUGUUGCUACUCUUAGCUCAGAUAGAGCAAUGAGAAUAUUUAAUGCCAAUUCGAAAAAAAUAAUUGCCAAAGUUACAAAAGGAAAAUUUAAUUCGAAUGGGGAUGAUAGUAUUAGAUUAUUUCACGAUGAUACUGUCAAAUCGUUUUUUAGAAGGCUUAAUUUUUCACCAGAUGGAAAUUUAAUAUUUGUACCUUGUGGUAUUUUUAUGGAUAAUGAAAAUGAAGCAAAACAACCUAUUAAUGUUACUUAUAUUUUUUUAAAAUCGAAACCAGACAGGCCAAUUCUUCAUCUACCAUCCCCCGAUGAAUAUACAAUCGCUGUUAAAUGCUGUCCAAUUUUAUUUGAAUUGCAUCCAGGAGAAUCAAAUUUGUUUUCUCUACCUUAUCGAAUGAUUUUUGCCAUUGCCAGCAGAAAAUCGAUUGUCUUGUAUGAUACACAGCAAACUGUUCCCUUUGCCUUUGUCACUGACAUUCAUUACGCCACGCUUACUGACAUUUCCUGGUCUUCCGAUGGAAGAUUGUUAAUAGCUUCUUCUUCUGAUGGUUAUUGCACAAUUAUCACUUUCAACAAAGAAGAAUUAGGAAUUCCAUAUUCUGAAAGUAACCUUGAAGAAUUGGGCGUUGAAAUUUUGGAAAAGAGUUUGGAGGAAAAGGAAGGGUUAAAUUGUUCAUCGAAAAGUAACGAGGUUAUCGUACUCGACAACAGCAUACAAGAAAAAUCUACCCCCGCAUCAAAUGGUGUUGAUAAUAAUGGAAAAAAUGAUCGUCCCGUAUUUGUAUUAAAAGUAAAAAGAAAAGAAAAAGUUGUUGAUAGUGUUAAAGAAGUGGAAAAAAUGGAAGUCGACGACGAACCCGUUGUGUUAUCAGAACGUGAUACAAAUUCUCCCGAGGGAAAACCUUCUACGUCUACAAAUCCAUCAACAUAA